AGGAUACAACCAUUGCUAUUAGAGCCGCCGUUGCCAACGAUGCGAUGCCUCGUCUCACGGAUAAACCCGGGGCAUAGGCACCUCCCGAGAGCCGCGGUAAUUUAUAAAGAGGCUGUGCCGUGCUGGGAUAAGCCUCUUUUAGUCCGUCCCAGAAUUACCCGAGGGACCCGGAGUAGUCUGACCGCGGAGCUUUUAUGUUUCCCGAAGACGAGCUGGGGAGGAUGUUGGAGCCAUGGGUUUCUCCUUCAGCCUUCAAUGAACUGAAAUAAGCUGGAUCCACACAACUCGGCCAACCUGCCCCUGCCCACAGCGGGGGCUCCCCUGUCCCCAUCACCCUCUCCUGUUAUGGCAGGCUUCAAGCGGGGCUACGAUGGCAAGAUCGCGGGCCUGUACGACCUGGACAAGACACUGGGCCGUGGCCACUUUGCCGUGGUCAAGCUGGCGCGCCACGUCUUCACUGGGGAGAAAGUGGCGGUAAAGGUCAUCGACAAGACUAAGCUAGACACCGUCGCGACAGGCCACCUCUUCCAGGAAGUCCGCUGCAUGAAGCUGGUCCAGCACCCCAAUAUUGUGCGCCUGUACGAAGUGAUUGACACUCAGACGAAGCUUUACCUCAUCUUGGAGCUAGGAGAUGGAGGGGACAUGUUUGAUUACAUCAUGAAACAUGAGGAGGGUUUGAACGAAGAGCUGGCUAAGAAAUAUUUCGCCCAGAUUGUCCACGCCAUCUCCUACUGCCAUCGACUGCAUGUGGUGCACAGGGACCUCAAGCCUGAGAACGUGGUGUUCUUUGAAAAACAAGGACUGGUAAAGCUCACAGACUUUGGAUUCAGUAACAAGUUUCAACCGGGGAAAAAGUUGACCACAAGCUGCGGAUCCCUGGCAUACUCUGCACCGGAAAUACUGCUGGGAGAUGAGUAUGAUGCUCCAGCCGUAGAUAUCUGGAGUCUCGGUGUGAUCUUGUUCAUGUUGGUAUGUGGGCAGCCACCUUUCCAGGAAGCCAACGACAGUGAGACCCUCACCAUGAUCAUGGACUGUAAAUACACUGUACCGGCCCACGUCUCCGGCGCCUGCAAAGAUUUGAUAGAUCGAAUGCUUCAGAGGGACCCCAAGCGGCGAGCGUCCCUGGAGGAGAUCGAGAGCCAUGCCUGGCUGCAGGGGGUCGACCCGUCUCCAGCCACCAAGUACAACACUCCUCUGGUCUCGCACAAGAACCUGUCGGAGGAGGAACACAACAGCAUCAUCCAGCGCAUGGUGCUGGGAGACAUAGCCGACCGGGAGGCCAUAGUCGAGGCCCUGGAGACCAACAAAUACAACCACAUCACAGCCACAUACUACCUGCUGGCCGAGAGGAUCCUGAGGGAGAAGCAGGAGAAGGAGGUCCAGACCCGCUCCUCCAGCCCCAGCAACAUCAAAGCCCAAUUCAGGCAGUCUUGGCCGACCAGAGUGGACAUGCACCAGGACAUCGAGGACAGUCUGGCAGCUUCGUCCAUCUCCCACGCCGGCGGCCCCCAGUCCCCCGCUCGCAGCGCGGAGAAUCUGCUCAACGGACAUCGCUCCAAAGGCAUGCUGGAGCUGAGCCGACGGGAAGAAACCGUGACCGACUCCGCGGGAGCACCGGCGCAGGUUGCUGCCAGCUCUGGGUCCGGGACCAGCAGGACCCCCGCUCCCUCUACAUCAGGAGCAGCCAAGCAGAGAACCUGUCUGUUCAGGGUGGAGGAGGAUGAAGAGGAGGAGGAAGAGCAGGACCCCUCUCCGCUCCCGACGCAGGUGAUUCUGCGACGCAAGCCCCCCUCCAUCACCAACCGCCUCACCUCCAGGAAGAGCGCCCCGGUCCUCAACCAGAUCUUCGAGGAGGAGGGCGAGUCGGACGACGACUUCGACAUGGACGAGGGUCUGCCCCCUAAGCUCAGCCGCCUCAAGAUGAACAUGGCCGGCAACGCCGGCAGCCUGAGCUCCGGGCCCGGCUCCUCCUCGUCCCCGGGGUCCACGCAGAAGCGCUACCACCGGCGCAAGAGCCAGGGGAGGGGGUCGUCGUGCUCCAGCUCCGAGACCAGCGACGACGACUCGGAGAGCCACCGGAGGCGCCUGGAUAAAGACUCGGGGUUCAACUACAGCUGGAACAGGAGGGACAGCAGCGAGGGGCCGCCCGGCAGCGAGGGGGGGAACGGGGGAGGCAGCAGCUCGGGGCAGGGGAAACCCCCGGCGGAGGGGGGUGGCUCCUCGGGCCCAGACAGGGGUAGCCCUCCUGGUAACGGAGGAGGGGAGUGCGGUGGCGGCGGAGGAGGGGGGAGUGGAGGGGGAGGAGGAGGGGGUAAUAAAGGACAGGACAGCCCCUCCAGUUGUUGUCACAACAGUAGCACUACUAACCCGGCCCUCACCUCCCUGUCCCGGUCGUCCCGCACGGCGAGCCGCGGCACGGAGCUGGUGGAGAGCCUGAAGCUGAUGAGUCUUUGCCUGAGCUCACAGCUGCAGCACGGUCGCAGCGGGCGGGGGGGUCGAGGGGGAGGGGGCGGAGGAGGAGGAGGGGGCAAGUUCAUCAUUGACCCUCGCAACCUCUCAGGAGGGAGCGUCAAAAUCCAGGAGAAAUCCGCCUGGAGGAUGUGCAUCGGUUCUACCGGGAGCCUGGACACCAUCACCCUCCCUACCACCACCACCGGCCCGCCUCGCACCCACGCUGCGCAGAACAACCACCACCACCAUCACCACCACCACCACCACCACCACCACCGCAAAGCACCGCACGGCCCCCCAGGCCUGCAGGAAAGGCCGAGCAGCAGGGACGCUCACAGCAACCUGAGCGCCCUGAAAAACGGCGUGCUCCAACUACCUCUGUGUGAGAAGACCAUCUCGGUCAACAUCCAGCGGGCCGGCGGCCCCAGAGAAGGUCUGCUCUGUACCUCAGCUCCAGCCAGCUGCUGCCAGGUCAUCUGAAGCUCUGACCCCCCGUGGACCAGCACCACGCACAGCUCUCACACCUCCCCAUGCAUCUAAAACCCCCCUCCCCCCCCCCCCCAUCUGUCUGGUGUUUACUGUAGCAGGUAGCUGACCUCGCACCACACCUCAAGUCCGUCUCUUUGUUUUGUUCAUUUUUUUCUUUUUCACUGGAUUUGACUGUUUUUAACGUCAGUUCUUGUUUUAUCCUUAAUUUUAUUUUUAAUUUUUUUAAGAAUCUGCUGGUUUUUAAAACAUACUGAAAUGAGGAGGGUUUGGUUUUAAGGAAGGUUCAGACUUUGCAACGCAAGGGGCCAGAUUUAGGUUCACACCCGGCAAAUCGAUGAGACUCGGUAGAAUAUUAUUACAGCUGCUGUCACUCAUAGAUCUCAACCUACUGCUGUUUCAGAACCAUGAACGGAUGUUUGCUGUGUGACGUGGGGACGUGAUGCACGUGACUGACACCAUAGUUUUUAAUGAGUCGCAUUUUACUUAUAAUAAAUACUUUAAUUUCUUAUUUAGCUAACAGCUACAAGGACAGAAUAUUUCAUAGUUUAAUAUUUUACUUGUCCUCCUGUACCUAAAGCUGGCCCCUUGUGAACGGUUUAGAUGUUAAUGCAAAGUCUUUUUUGUUUUAAGCCAUGAUGGAGCGUUAGAUCCUCUGUGACAAACAUCAUAAAGAGCACAUGUUGCUACAUUUUAAGAAGAUGAAGUGAUUACCAAAGUUUUAUCCGUUUUACAAAAUUCACAAUUAAGAAAGAAGUGUUUUGAGUAAUGAAGUCAUACCUUGUAGAAAAUGUUAAUUAAAUUUGAGAUUAAGUA